GUCUCUCAUGGCGUUUGUCGAUGACUUUCUUCUCACUGGAUAUCAGUCUGACAUUUUACCCAAGCUUCAAAUUCUUCUCGACACCCUGUCUCAACUUGGUCUUACCGUAAAUCACGAAAAAUCUGUUCUUUGUCCUUCAGAUGUUGUUACGUACCUUGGCUUUGUCGUCCGCUGUGCUGGACCGGACGGACCUCCCGUCAUUACCGUGCCGAAAUCCAAGGUAUCCAAGUUGAAACAGGAUAUAACACGCGCCCUCAAACGCUCACGCAUUUCAGCGCGGCUUCUGGCACGCUUUGCAGGCCGUUGCAUUAGCAUGCUUGCCGCCGUCUUCCCGUGCAAGCUCAAACUUCGAAACGUUUACCGACUUCUCAACUCCAGGCACUCGUGGGAGGCCUCGCUGGAGUGGUCGGCAGGAGCAGUGGAGGAUCUGACCUGGUGGGUUCGGUCCCUCGACAGCUGGAACGGGAGGCUCCUGCUGCCACCCGCGCAGUUCGACUUACAACUGCUGACGGACGCCUCGGAGUCCGGCUGGGGCGCUGUGCUGAGUCCACCAGCCGGUCGUACCGCCUCGGGCUUCUGGUGUCCCACGCCGCUGCGGCACGAGUGGUGCUUACACCCCGCGGUGUUUCGGCAACUGGAGCGCAUGUUUGGACCGCACUCCAUAGAUCGGUUCGCGUCGUUUACGACGGCGCUCCUACCGGUCUACAACAGCCGCUUCGACGACCCGGGAUCGGCUGGCGUGGAUGCCCUCGGCCAAUCCGACUGGGGCCAACACAUGAACUUCGUCAAUCCGCCAUUCCGGCUCAUUCCGCGCGUGCUGGAUCUUGUAGAGGCGCAGCGGGCGGAGGCGACUCUCAUCGCCCCGCUCUGGCCAGGGCAGCCGUGGAUGACCAGGCUGAGGCGGCUGUGUGUCGCACCUCCCAUCCACCUGCCGCCGGUGAAGCGUACGUGUAUGCCGGUGCUGCCGCUGCAGGUGAUCGAGCCGCACCGGAACACCGCCUGGACCCUCUGUGCCUGGCGGAUAUCUGGCGCUCUCAGCUAGUCGAGCGCGGUUGGUCACCGGCUGCCAGCGAUCAGCUGACUCUCUGCCUGGCAGAGUCGACACACGCAACAUACGAUCGCUAUAUUCGGGAGUGUUCCGAUUUCUGCGCGUCUCGCGGUGUGCCUUUUCCGCCUACGGAUUCCGCCCUUCUGGCCGAUUUUUUGAUGCAGAAAAGUCGUGCUUCCGACCGUCCUCAGUCCAUGUUACGAUGUUUGUCCGCGGCUUUGUCUUCCGUUUACGAGGCGUGUAACCUGCCUGUCCUGACCUCUGAUCCAUUCAUUGUGCGUUUGUCAAAUGCUAUCGUGAAAAGUCGCACUCGUCUGCCCAUGCAGCGCUCUCGUGUGAUGGAUGUCUCGGCGUUCACACGCAUGUUCCGGGCGUGGCCAGCGAACAAUGCUUUGUCUGUUAAACAGUUAAGGAUGAAAACAAUUACGUUGCUGGCUAUCGCUCUGAUGCUUCGGCCCUCUGAUAUCGCCCCUCAGGCGCGCACUUUUCACGCGGAUUCCGGAGUGUCCUCGCGUUUCGUGAUGUCUACUGACCAGAUUACCUUUUGUUCGGACGGCUCGGUCAAAGUUUCGUUUUUAGGGAUUAAGAACGAUUUACACAGAACUGGUUUUGUUGUUACACUGCCGCCCGGAGCGGAUGUAUUCACUGACCCUGUAGACGCUCUGCGCUCGUACAUAGCGAGCACUGACCGGUGGCGGUGCCCGGUCACGAAACCGCUGUUCAUCGGGCUGCACCGCCCGUAUGCGGCCAUCUCUGCCAGCUCCGUCGCCCAAAUUUUGGAGACAUCGAUUAAGGCCGCUGAGUCCUUCGGCCUUCAGCCUGGACACCGGCCGAAAGAUUUUCGUCCGACGGGGGCGACGGAGGCGAUCAGACUUGGUGUCGCCGCCGACACAGUUCAGCAGCUCGGCCGAUGGAAGACGAGAUCGGUGUUUUUGAACCACUAUGUUCACAGUCAGGUGCCAGGGUCGUUCACGGACGAUCUUCUUCAGUAAUUCUGAUCUUGGUCUGAUUUCUCGACGCCACAUGGUUUUCUCUCUAUGCGAUUGCGUUCUGUUCAUUGUGUAUCAAUAAACCUUCCUGGCGCCGAGUGCCUGCAACGUUGGUUUGCACAAAUCGUAGUUGCGGCACUCGGUCGCCAGGGGCGCUAGUCCCGCGAGCGGCCUUGACCGCUCGCGGGCCGGCAGUUCGGUCCCGCUCUCGUUGCGUUAUGAUUGGCAUUAGCAUUAGCAUGUACGUUAGAAUGAUUAGCGUUAGCCGGACUUACGGAGAGUCGGAUACCGGAUAAUUGCGUUCUGUUCAUUGUGUAUCAAUAAACCUUCCUGGCGCCGAGUGCCUGCAAC